AUGCCCCAAUCAUCGCCAAACACCCUCGUCCUCCCCGUCGCCGGCAUGACGUGCGCCGCCUGCGUGUACCACGUGGGCGAGGCGUUGCGUUCCGUGGACGGCGUGACCGAGGUCAGCGUCAACCUCGCCACCGAGCGCGCCACCAUCAGCCUGGGUGACGCUGAUGUCGCCGGCGCCCCCGAUCUGGAGACGCUGGCCAAAGCCGUAGCCGACGCCGGCUACCGCCUCGACACCAACCCGCAGACAGCCGACGGUGAUCGGGGCGCCGGGCCUCGGGCGCAGGAAGAACAACGCCUCAGGAUCCGCUUGAUCGUGGCGGCGCUGGGUGGCGGCGCGCUGCUGCUCGGCAGUUUCCCGGCGCUGCCCUGGACGCCCGGGUUGCUGACCCUGUGGUGGUAUCCGCUGUUGCUUUGGGCGGCGGCAACCCCGGUGCAGCUCUGGGCCGGCUGGUCGUUCUACACCGCGGGGUGGGCCGGACUUCGGCGGCGGCAACCCAACAUGCACACGCUGAUCGCCCUGGGGACAUCGGUGGCAUACGGGUACAGCGUCGUGGUGGUGCUGACGACGCUGCUCGCCCCGGGCGCACUGGGUUCUACGGGAGCGCAUCAGUUGCACUUCGAUAUGGCGGCCAUUAUCGUCGCGCUGAUCCUGUUGGGGCGUUGGCUGGAGGCCCGCGCCCUGUCCCGCACUUCGGGCGCUAUCGAGCGGCUGUUGGAUCUGCGGCCGCAAACGGCGCACCUGAUGGCGGCGGACGGCUCCAUAUCCGACGUGCCGGUUGACCACGUCGAGCCGGGCGACACCCUGGCCGUGCGUCCCGGCGAGCAGCUACCGGUCGACGGUGAGGUCGCCAGCGGCGCCACCAACGUCGAUCAGUCGGCCCUGACCGGUGAAAGCAUGCCGGCCGAGAAAUCCGCCGGCGAUCCCGUGUUCGCCGGUACCCUGAACGGAAACGGGGCGAUCCUUAUGCGCGCGACCCGCGUCGGCCUGGACACGACGCUGUCGCAGGUGAUCCGCCUGGUGGAAGAGGCCCAGGGCUCGGCGGCCCCGGUGCAGCGUUUGGCCGACCGGGUCGCGGCCUGGUUUGUGCCGGCGGUGGGCCUGAUCGCGCUGGCGGCGGCGAUAUUGUGGCUGUUCUUCGGGCCCGACCCGCCGGUGCGGUACGCGAUGCUAACCCUGGUUGCGGUGUUCAUCAUCGCGUGCCCGUGCGCGCUCGGGCUGGCGACGCCCACCGCGAUCAUCGUCGGCGUGGGCAGAAGCGCGGAGCGCGGCAUCCUGGUCCGGAGCGCGGCCGCCCUGGAAACCGCCCAUCGCGUGGACGUGGUUGUCCUGGACAAAACCGGCACGCUUACCACGGGGCAACCGGAGGUCACGGACGUCGUGUCCGCCCCGGGCGUCCUCGCUGCCGACGUGCUGCGUUGCGCGGCGUCGGUGGAAACGCUGUCGGAGCACCCCAUUAGCCGGGCCGUUCUGCGCCGGGCGCAUGACGAGGAUCUGUCGCUCACCCCGGCCAGGAUUUCGUUGCCCGCGCCGGCGCGGGAGUGA